ACGCAGGUGGAAUAAAAUAGAAUGGCAGGAGCAGGAGCAGAACAAAAUAAAAUGGCAGAAGAUCGUGUGAAGUAGUGGCCUUUAGAAAAAGAUUUAUUUUGUUUCUUUGCUAUACGGACACAAGUGUUACUAAAUUCAUUUAAGCAGUGAAUGUUAUAUAUUGUUUAUUAAUUUAGUUUGGUUCACAAUAAUCUAAACUCGUUUAUUAUGCUCCAAAGAAACAAAAGUGUGAGCCUAUGUUAUGGCAAUGGACCAAAGAUCCUCUUCAUGUCAACAGAAACAAUAUGAUUAUUUAUUGAAAUUUUUAUUAGUUGGUGAUAGUGAUGUUGGAAAACAAGAAAUCUUGAGUGCUGAUGGACUUGAAGACGGUUCUUCAGAAUCUCCUUUCUGUAGUGGAAGUGGUAGGUCUUACAAGACUACGACGAUACUACUGGACGGGAAGCGUGUGAAACUGCAGCUAUGGGACACAAGUGGACAGGGGCGCUUCUGUACCAUUAUACGGUCGUACUCACGCGGCGCACAGGGCAUUCUGCUAGUCUACGAUAUUACGAACAAAUGGUCGUUCGAUGGCAUUGAUCGUUGGCUCAAGGAGGUGGACAGUCACGCUCCUGGGGUACCCAAAGUCCUUGUGGGCAACCGGCUCCAUCUGGCGUUCAAGCGGCAGGUCGGCACGAGAGACGCUGAGCUCUACGCGACUCGCAACGGCAUGGCGUUCUUCGAGGUGAGCCCACUUUGUGACUUCAACAUUCGUGAGAGCUUCAGUGAGCUGUCACGUAGGGCACUGCAGCGUAACGGUAUGGAACGGCUUUGGCGUUCCAAUAAAGUCCUAACACUACAGGAGUUGUGCUGUCGCUCCAUAGUCGCCAGGACAACUGUCUACGGAAUCGAUCAGUUGCCCCUGCCCACACCAAUCAAGUCUCAUCUCAAGUCGUAUGCCCUAACAUCCUACACAACGAUGCCUCACCGGCCGCCACGGCUCGGUGCCAAGAAAGUCAAGUCGCUCGCCCAUCACCCUCCCUCCCCCUCUCCCUCCCCCCUGGACCCGCGUAGCUGCGCCGGUCGCAACUCCUGCACUCUAUCGUGAUGUGUCCAUGUGUUGUUCAUCCACCUGAUCUGCUCUGUCUCCUUGUACAGUAUUGCUUUUCACAGCUCUUUUGGGCCUAAAUAAUUGUUGUACUUGUUUAGUGAAAUAUAUUGUUCAGGCCUAUUUAAAUACAAUAAUUCUUGGCCUAUUAUUAAUUGUAUUGUGUAUCAUCAUUUGGCCUAGAAUAAUAAACUAAUAGGUAUGGUUCCUAGCAUAGUUAUAAUACUAAAGCUAGGCCUAUUGGAAUUAUUUUAAAUUGUUUUUAUUCUGGUUUAAUAUUUUUUUCUUAAUAACACAAAUUGAACCUUUUAAAAUAUGCCAAGUAAAAUUUAUAUGGGUUGUCUUGUUUAAAAAAUCCAUGGUGGAUUUCACUCAACUCCUUGCAUUUCACUUCAAUCUUUUCACAAAAAUAAAACAACACAUUUGUCUAUAAAAUAAAUUGGUUCUCAGUUGAUUUUGAACUAUUUCCUUCCUUGGAGAUUCGUUACGUACAGUUUACCAGCUAAGUUUUGUGUGAGUUAGUGUCAACUCAAAGAGUUUCCUGUAAAAUUUAAAAAGUUCACAGAUGCUUUUACGCUUUAAACUUAAUAAUGUGAUUAUUUGAAAUAUAAACAAUUAUUAAAGGUAAUAAAGUUCUUACUAUUUCUAUUAUUGUUAUGAUAACAAAAACAACAAUAGUGAAUGGUUUUGUUCAAAUUUACAGUUGAACAUAUUAGAUUUAGAACAUCUUACAACAUGGGUUAUAAUAAAUGGCUACCUGUUAAUAUUGUUUCACUUUGUUUUGAAUAAAACUAAGUAGAUCUUUGUUUGUUUGUUAGUGUGGUCCAAACUACAUUAGUGUUCACUUGCUUUAUUUUCUUAAUUAUUAUAAAUAUUUGGUAAAGAAUUAAUUGAUAUCUAGGUGUUCAAAUUGUAGAAGCAAUCAGUUCUUGAAAAAUAUAGUUGUAAAAAGUUUUAGUUUAUUGGAAAGAAUUAGUCAACCAAAACAACUUAUUAAAAAUUAUAGUAUACAAGCAACAAUCCUGUAAUAAAUGAGCAUGUUUACUCAAAACCAUCAAAAUAGGGUAUUUUACCCCUUAUUGACAGGUGAAGUGGAUGAACAUAAUGUAGACACUUUAUAUUGUACAUACAUCUAUAUACAGCUAGGUCUAAGUUUACCAUUUGUUACAUCUGAGUUAUGUUUUUAUCUAAGAGACUACUUUCAUACUGUGCUAUACCAGUAACCUGUAAUAAGUGGUUGGUGUAAUGCUGCACAAUUUGUUUUCCAAUUUGUUUCUUUGUUUUCUCUUUCUCUUUUCUUGUUUCAUGGGAUGAUCAUUUCUAACAGUUGUCAUCUACUUCUAAAGUAUUUACAUUUUCGUUCUUAAAACUAUGUAUGGUUUUAGGCACUUUUGAAUAUAUCUGGCAUUUAAACCACAUAAUUAUUGAAGUCUUAUUCCUAUAUAUGGGCUACCAGUAGGAGUAAUAACAAAUUCAAGUUUUGAUUUCUUUCACUUCGCUAAAAUCAAACCCAAGUAACGAAGCCCUGCCAUAUACAAAUGGGUUAAAGAAAUCUUUUCUCUUUUGACAUUGUAACAUUGAUUUUUGUAAUGUCAGUACCAACAUAUUCAGUAAUUAGUAUAUUAGUGAAUUAGAAUAAAUUAAGUUGAUAAAGUUAUUUCAAAUAAAUUAAUAUUAGCCAUGUAUAAAAUAAGAAACUAUUUAAUUUUGAACAAAACCAUUGCAGCCUUAUACCAAACCACGUGUUUAUAAAAGCGGUGAUAAUUAUUGCAGCAUUUGUCUAGGAAAUACUUAAGCACUUUUGAACACUUUUUUAAUGUCAUAGUACAAAUGAACUGAGAUAGAUUUGUUGUGUGCUGGUUGCUGUUAAACAAAAAAAUGUUCUUGUGAUAUAAAUUUUAAACGAUGUUGAAUGAAGAUAUUUCUGUAAGAUGUACAAUUAUAUAAUCGUUAUAAGAAUUUCAUAAAGUUUUGGCUCAAAAAUAAGUUUGCUAUUUGCAAUUCCACUGAAGGGAUAAAAAGUUGUAAUUAAAAAUAUUAUUAUACAACUAAAACUAUAGCACAAAGCUUAUUUUAUACUAAAUUAACAUUUUUGCUUUAUACAGAAUGCAUUACAGUGUUUUAUUUAUUUUAAAUUUUCAAAGCAAAAACAUAUUUGGUGUCUAAGAAAUAUUUUUUUUUAAAUUUUGCUUUAACUAGUCAUGAUUGAUAAAAAUGAAACCUUCAAUUUUAUGAUAUUAUACAUUGUUAUGUAUAGAGUAUUAUAGUAUUUUUAAUGUAUGUGUUUUAAAACAUUUUGAUGAGAUAUAAUAUUCACUAUAAAUAUGGAGUAACUUCUUUAUUGAUUUCUAACUAUUUAAUUUAAUGUAAACAUUUCUACUAACAUUUUACUUCUAAUAAAUUAUUAAAAAUACAAUUUAAUUUUAUAGCAUUAACUGGAAAAAAAAAAAUAAUUAAUGCAUUUACAUGACUUUAAGAACAGUGUUUUGAAGACAUUAGCAUGGUAUAAAACCGCCCCUACAAUUACUAUUUUGGUAGUUUAUUACAUUUAUUAUUCUAAACACAAUAUCAACAUGUGAACAAUAUGUAACUAGAUGAGCUUUGAUAAAUUUGAUAUUAAGUUAGACAAAAUAACAAUUAGCAGCUCUAUUUUUCAAUAAAUUAAACAAUAAUAAGUACAGCAAUCAGCACAGAAUGUUCCCUAGCAGUUGUGCGAAUUGCAAUGUAAAUAAUUUAAAACAAUGAUUGUUGACAAUGUUAUCGUGUUGUAGCUGUUGAAUUUAAUUUUAGUCUCAUCUGAGUUGUGUUAUUUUUCUUGUACAUUUUUAUAUUUCUAUGUAGAUUUUAUUGUACAUUUUUUUAUACAAGAGUGUAUUCGAGUCGUAUUUAUUGUAUGGAAACGAUUGAAGCAAUGUUUAUCCAAGGGAUGAUCGACACAUUGUUUAUUUCUAUUAGGUCAAUAUUAAGUGUUCUUAUGUUUUUCAAACGAAUUUAAAUUAGUUUAAUAUUUUUUGUUAGAACUAAAUCAUUGUAUUAUCUGCACGUUUAUUAGAAUUAUAUUUUCACUAGUCUUUCGGUUUUAUAAAAUUUAUAUUUUGUUAAUUAUUUAUUUAAUUUUGUUGCCUUUAUACUUUGAGAUAAAAUUUAAGACUAGUUUACAUGCAAGCAAUAUCUGUGAAAUAAAGUAUAAUAAAAAUUAAUACACACUUAAGAAUAUUAAUUGUAGCCAUUAUGUGAGAUACAGUAAUUUAAAAAUGAUCCUUUCUAAGAUAAUUAUUUGAAGACAAGUUUAUUCAUAAUAAUUUACUCGUAACAUUAAGAUAAUCUUUGUCUAAUUUGCCAAAUGUGAAAAUUUACCCAGGUUAGAAAGCUUAAUAACAAAUUCUAGCAGUGGACAAACACAGAAACAGUAAUAUUGUUGGCUGAGCAUUAGUGGAACCCAUCACUUGGGGGUUGAAAAACUUUCACUUUUGUCUAUAUGCAUGAUAUCUUAACAAAUAAUUAAAGUAUGAACUUGAAAUUUUGCAUACAGCUUCAUUUAUUUAAAGGAAACAUCGAGUUCUAUGAAGGUGCAUGUUCUUCCAUGGGAUUUGACUGGAUGUUAGCAAGGUUUUAACUAUCCGUAAUAUCUAGAUAACGAUUUCAUUUGCAGAUUAAAAAUUUUUAAUGAACAUACACUUCUAAUAGGAAAGAUUCAGUUCAGUGAUGGUGUACAUCCAUCUACGGAAUUUGGCUGAGCAUUAGUGAAGCUUAUACUAUUCAGGGGAAUAUCUGAAUAAUUGAGCUACAGUCUUGAAAUUUGGAUUAAACUCAAUUUCUACAUAUGGAAAAUAGAGUUUGAUAAAGGUGUAUCCACCUCCAUGGGAUUUGACUUUGAAUACACGGCCAUACAUAGAUAACACUACUACUACUACUACCACCAAUCUGCGUUCCUGACCAAUUCACAUCUUGCUUUUCGAAAUAGCUCUUGUUAAUUUCCUAAAUUGCACAUAUUAAGGCUUUUCUUAACAUCCAAUUUUUAUGUGUUUUUGUGACAUUCAACUGCUGGAAUUUUUUAUUAAAGAAUUAAUUCUGGUUAAGUUCCCUAGUAAAAUUGAAAACAUUUUUCAUAAAAUAUUCUUUAUUCAUUAAUUCUUAAUUAGUAAGGUAUUGAGAGUUUUAGUAGUUCAUGUUUAUUUGGGCAAUUCAUUGUGACUUUAGCAAACAAAAUCAUUCAAUUAUAAUAGACCCCAGUUAUGGGCUUGUUCAUAUAUUAACAUAUAGUGAUUUGAGUCUAGUAGGAGAGUCAAACAACAGACAUUUAAAAAAAAAUCAUCUCUUAAGACUGGGGUAUUAAAUCAUACCCUAAAAGGCAUAUUAUUGUUUAUUACAGACAAUAUCCCCCUAGUCUUCUUAAUUUAAGAUGAAAAAGUGAAAGAGCACAUUUUAAGGCAUGAACAAUAUAGGUAAUACAUAAGUAUUUAGAUUCUCUCAUGGUCUUUAGGUAGUUAUAGAACAAUAUUUUCCUACCUGUAUAACAUCCUGUUCACUUUUAUAAGAUAAUGGAUAAUAUACAAGGACUGACCAGAUAAUAGCAAACAUUUUUAAAUAAACAACUAAAUAAUGAAAUUUUAUGGAAAGUUUAUUAGAAAAUACAUUCUUAAGAUAUAUUUAUGCAUAAAUAAUGUUUUACCUAAAAUUCUUGAAAAAUUGCAUUACAAUUUCAUUGAAGCUUUUUUAUCUACAUUAAAAUACUUUUUUAUUUGUUCAAACAUUUUGCAUGUAUUCAUUUUAUUUGUUGAAUAAAAUUGUUGAGGAAAAUAUAAUUUUUUCCUUUCAAUUUUCAAGUAACCAAAAUUAAUUUUUUCACUGAUUCCUUACCAUUUUUAGGAUUGCAAGUUGUUGAAAAAAUACAUUAAAAUAUAAAUUCUGAUGACAAUUUUAUUGAAAUCAAUUUUAACCAACAUUAUCCUACUGGUGUAGGAUACCUCAGUAUGGUGUGUUAACAAUCUUUAGUCAUCAUGGUAGCAAUAAUCUAUAGGCAGAUGUGAUCGAGCAAUAAAUAAAAAAUUAUAACAGGAUAAUGUGUUAUAGUACAUUUGCACACACAAACAAACAUAAUAACUCUUAAUGUUAAUGCUUGUUGAAUUUCUGUAAAAUAUGGGACUAUCCUCUUUCAAUUAAUAUGGGUUACUCAUUUAUCCAUAAAAAUACAGUUAUGGUUGAAAAUAUAAAAAGCAAUUUAAUGGUACAUCUGAGUAGCUGAGGGUCUAUUGAAUAUUUAAAAUGGCAAUUUAAGUUUAAUAUGAAACUAUUACAAUGUAUAAGAUAUGAAUUCCACUAAUAUUUUUCAACUAAGAAUAUUAUCCCAGAGAGUAUGUACUCUAUGUAAAAUGGAGACAAGUAGUAAUGCUGCACAUCAUGAACUCUAGCAGUAUCGAGCCAUAGAUAACAGUGAAUGGUUUCUAGUUUCUACCAUAACCUAUUGGCUGACUCUGUGUCCUGUAGCAUGUCUUCUCUAUGUAUGAAGUAUAUAUUCUCUAGGUUACUACUGUACUAGAAAGAGAGAAAAGCUUGCUGAUGAGAUUUGUCCAGUGAAUGUUUCCAAUCCAUCCAAACGGACCGAAUUGGGUUUGAAUCUGUCCACUUGUAAUAAUUUUAGCAUUGUAAUAUCAAAUAAAACUGUUGUAAUUAUGUA